AAUCGCCGCCGGAGAAUCUUUCCGCCUGAAAACAAUCGGAAUCUCCAGAAUCUCUAAUUCCGAUGGAAGGUGUCAUCACAUGUUUCCACACCAAAUGCGUCUCUCUUCCAGCUCGUCCCAUCCCACUUUCUCGGUGGAGGAACCGUAAUCUAGUCUCUUCAAUCCCGCGGAGGUCUUUGUGCGUUUCAGCUUCGAGCUCGGAUACUUUACUCGCCGGCGGGUCGCCAAAGGAAGACGAAAGGCAGAGCAAAGUAUCAAGCAAAGGUGAUGACUCAGAGGAUUUGAAGCUGUGGAUGGAUAAGAAAGGUUUGCCACCGUGCAAGAUUUUACUCAAGGAGAGACCCGCUCAUGAUCAGAACCAUAAACCUAUACAUUACGUUGCUGCUAGUGAAGAUCUUCAGAAGGGUGACGUGGCGUUUUCAGUUCCAAACUCUUUGGUGGUCACACUCGAAAGAGUCUUGGGAAACGAGACUAUUGCUGAACUGUUGACGACGAACAAGUUGUCUGAACUGGCGUGCCUAGCUUUGUAUUUGAUGUAUGAGAAGAAACAAGGGAAGAAGUCAGUUUGGUAUCCUUAUAUAAGAGAACUUGAUCGUCAAAGAGGACGAGGUCAGUUAGAUGUGGAGUCCCCGUUGCUGUGGUCAGAGGCUGAGUUGGAAUACUUAACUGGUAGCCCGACGAAGGCAGAAGUUCUUGAGAGGGCUGAGGGGAUUAAAAGAGAAUACUCGGAGCUUGACACUGUCUGGUUCAUGGCUGGAUCUUUGUUUCAGCAAUACCCAUUUGACAUACCAACUGAAGCUUUUUCAUUUGAGAUUUUCAAACAGGCGUUUGUUGCCAUUCAGUCCUGUGUUGUGCAUUUACAAAAUGUUAGUUUGGCUCGUCGGUUUGCUUUGGUUCCACUUGGCCCUCCCUUGUUGGCCUACUGUUCCAACUGCAAGGCAAUGCUUACAGCUGUUGAUGAUGCUGUUGAACUCGUGGUAGAUAGGGCAUAUAAGGCUGGGGAUCCGAUAGUUGCCUGGUGUGGGCCACAACCCAAUGCGAAGUUGCUUCUUAACUAUGGAUUCGUGGAUGAAGAUAACCCUUAUGAUAGAAUAAUCGUUGAGGCAGCGCUGAGCACUGAUGAUCCUCAAUAUCAGGACAAGAGAUUGGUUGCUCAAAGGAACGGAAAAUUAUCCCAACAAGUUUUCCAGGUUCGUGUGGGAAAAGAAAGAGAAGCUGUUCAAGACAUGCUUCCGUACCUGCGAUUGGGUUAUAUGUCCGAUCCUGCUGAAAUGCAAUCAGUUAUUUCGUCCCAAGGUCCAGUUUGUUCAAUGAGCCCUUGUAUGGAAAGAGCAGUACUAGAUCAGCUUGCUGAUUACUUCAUGAGACGCUUGUCUCGCUACCCUACUACCCUGAAAGAAGAUGAUGCAAUGUUGGCAGAUCCUAGUUUGAAUCCUAGGAAGCGUGUCGCCACACGGCUUGUCCGAUUGGAGAAGAAAAUGCUAGCUGCAUGCCUUGUGGCAACAGUUGAUUUUUUAAAUGAGUUGCCAGAUACAAGCAUCUCUCCAUGUCCAGCACUCUACGCUCCCUCUUUGAAAUAAGAAGACACUUGUCUGUUUUUAUCUUUUCUCAAAUAGAGUUUAACCAUUCAUUUUUGUAAUUGAUACAUUGGUUUAUAUGGCGAAAUGAUUAGAAAUAUUUUACAAUUUGGUGUAUAUAUAAUUUUAAUAUAUAAUGGUUUAUGUGUCUA